UGGCCACAUUAACCAGUAAAGAAGCAGACAGCAACACUGCCUUACGUAAUGCAAGUGCCAACUGGAAUAUAUAUGCCACAACUAUGAACACUUCUAGUGUUUCUACACUAUUAUCUUAUUUGUCACAAAGCACUCACUCUCCUAUCACUGAAACAAACAGUUCAUCAUAUAUUACUCCUGAAACUAAAAAGGAGGUGACAACACUUCCUUCUGAGUCAUUCUUUAGUAAAUCCAUAUCUCAAGCCACUGUUGACGAUCUCAAAACAACUUCUGCUAUUACGUCGAACCUGAUAGCCCAGGUUUCAACAAGUGUGCCACUAAUCAGUAGCAAGCUUUUGCUUUCAGUUUCAUCAAAUCAGCUUCCAGCAGGAGCUGGUCGUUUGAAGAAGUCAGAAGCCAUUCUAACAAUCAGUUUUUCGAUUCUUCUUGCACUAACAAUCCUAGGGUUCACUGUUUAUAUUCUCAAUAAAUAUAGAAAGAGAAGGAAUCAAUAUGCCCACCACCCACUCUAUGAUACUUCUUCUGAAACAGUGGACAGAUAUACAAUUCCUGAUGAUGUACUUGUAAUAUCAGGAGGGCUGUAUGAUGCACCAAGAAUAUAUAAUCAAAACAUGGUGUAUGAAGAUGAUGAGCUUCAAAAUGAUUAUUUACCAUUUAGUGCUCAACCAGGACAUCUCAGACUGGAAUCUCUCCCAGAAGAAAAAGAACAGGACUUUUUCCCAACUUAUGAAACAUUUCAGAUACCACCAGGAGAUUUAUAAUAGACUGAACUCAGAUGUUUCAAAGUGGCUAAAAUAAAUGUGCUCAUCC